CCAAUAGUUGGAACACGGGUUGGGUCGGGUUCUACGGGUUGUGUAAUCCAAAAUCCAAACCCAACCCAAUAGAGGCGGGUUGUACAAAAGAAAACCCUCACCCAACCCGAAACCUUUGUUUUUGCGAUAAAUAUGGGUGGGUUGGGUCGGGUUGGACGGGUGGGUCUGUUUACGGGUGUGUUUGUUCACCCCUACAUGUGACCUCACGGGUUGAUUUUUUCUCUUCCUACACAAACGGUAACUAUGGUCGUGUGAGGAUGGGAAAUGAUGGCGCAUCAAAGAUUGUUGGCAUGUGUGAUAUUCAUCUAGAGACCAACACGGGUUGCAAGCUAGUCUUGAAGGAUGUGAGACAUGUUCCUAACAUGAGGCUGAAUUUGAUAUCCACGGGAAAGCUUGAUGAUGAUGGUUAUACCAACUAUUUUGGAGAAGGAAAAUGGAAGCUCUCAAGAGGUUCUCUUGUGGUGGCUAAAGGCAAGAAGGAAAGUACGCACUACAUGACGAAUGCAAAGCAUAGCAAGGGAGGAAUCAAUGUUGCUGAGAAAGAUUAUUCCAUUGAGCUUUGGCAUAAGAGACUCGGACAUUUGAGCAAGAAGGGGCUGCAAAUAUUGUCCAAGAAACAACUCUUUCCCGGAGCUAAAGGUACUCUUCUUAAAACUUGUGUUCAUUGCUUAGCCAGAAAAACUCAUAGAGUUGCAUUUCAUAGAUUUCCACCUUCUAGAAGGAGUAAGGUACUUGAUCUAAUUCACACUGAUGUUUGUUUUAUGCGAGAUAAAACUCUUGGUUGUGCAAGUUAUUAUGUUACCUUCAUCGAUGAUCACUCAAGGAAGGUGUGGACAUAUGCUUUGAAAACGAAGGAUCAAGUGCUAGAUGUUUUCAAGCAAUUUCACGCAGAAGUGGAAAGGGAAACCGGCCUGAAGUUGAAGUGUGUAAGGGUUGAUAACGGGGGAGAGUAUAGAGGUCCAUUCGAAAGCUAUUGCAGAUUGCAUGGAAUUAAACUGCAGAAAAGUGUACCCAAGGCUCCACAAAAAAACGGUGUCGCCGAGAGGAUGAAUAGAACAAUUUGUGAGAGAAUCAAGUGUAUGCUCUCACAUGCCAAGCUACCUAAAUCAUUUUGGGGAGAAGCAAUGCGGACAACGGUUGAUCUAAUCAAUAUCUCACCAUUGGUCCCAUUGGAGGGUGAUGUGCCUCAACGAGUAUGGACGGGAAAGGAAGUCUCAUAUGAACACUUGCGAGUGUUCGGUUGCAAAGCCUAUGUUCAUGUUCCAAAAGAUGAGAGAGCAAAGCUUGAUGACAAAGCAAAGCCAUGUAUAUUCAUGGGAUAUGGGCGUGAAGAGUUUGGGUACAGAUUAUGAGAUCCAAUUGCAAGGAAAAUUGUUCGGAGCCGGGAUGUGAUUUUUCUUGAAGAUGAGACAAGUGAAGACGUCGAAAGGGUUGAAAAGAAGAAAAAACAGCAGCUGGUCCGGUUAAUUUGGAGCCUAUAUCUCCAUCCCAAAUGCAUGAAAAUAUUGAGGAAGUAGUGCAUGAUGAGCCCCAAGGUGCACUAGAUCAAGAAAUGCAAUGAGAAGAGCAAUUGGAGAAAGAAAAACAAGUUGAAGAAGAGCAACCUCUAUCCGAACCAAGAAAGUCAACAAGAGAUCGCAAAGCUUCCACUUGGUACUCCCCUCAUGAGUACCUAUUGUUGACUGACGGGGGAGAACCCAAAUAUUAUCAAGAAGCCAUGUCUCAUGAAGACAAGGAGGAGUGAAACAAAGCAAUGCAAGAAGAGAUGAAGUCUUUGCAAGAGAAUCACACCUAUGAUUUGGUGAAACUCAGCCUAGUUAUUCUGCUAACUGGAAUAUUCGUUAGUAUAUACUAGUUCAUGUAUUUUGGAUAUUAGUUAGUAUCUGCUAACGAAUCUUCAAGUUAGCAUAUUAACUUUCCCCGGUGAAAAUACCCACAGGAAAAAGAUCACUUAAGAACAAGUGGGUCUACAAGUUAAAGACGAGGGAAACUAGUUCAAAGCCUUGGUUUAGGGCACGACUAGUUGUGAAGGGUUUCAACCAAAAGAAAGGUGUUGAUUUUGAAGAAAUUUUCUCUCCCGUGGUGAAGACGUCCUCUAUCCGAGUUUUGCUUGGGUUGGCUGCAAGUUUGGACUUGGAAGUUGAACAACUCGAUGUGAAGAUGGCGUUUCUUCAUGGUGACUUAGAGGAAUAAAUCUACAUGGAUCAACCGGAAGGGUUCGAGGUUAAAGGCAAAGAAGAUCUUGUAUGCAGAUUGAGAAAGAUCUUAUAUGUGUUGAAGCAAGCACCAAGGCAACGGUACAAGAAAUUUGACUCAUUCGUGGUAAAAAACGGGUAUGCAAGAACUACCUCCGAUCAUUGUGUGUUUGUGAAAUACUUUGCUGAAAAUUAUUUCAUCAUUCUCUUGCUUUACGUGGAUGACAUGUUGAUCGUGGGUCGGAAUGUUGGAGAGAUUGAUAGAUAGAAAAAGGAGUUGAGUAAAUCCUUUGCCAUGAAGGACUUAGGACCGGUGAAACAAAUUCUAGGGACGAGAAUCUCUAGGGAUCGAAGGAAUGGAAAAAUUUGGUUGUCUCAAGAAAGGUAUAUUGAAAGAGUUCUUGAGCGGUUUAACAUGAGCAAGGCUAAGGCGGUUAGUACUCCACUUGGAGUACAUUUCAAGUUGAGUGUGAAUCAUUGUCCUACAAGUGAUGAAGAGAAAGAAGCAAUGAAGAAUGUGCCUUAUGCAUCAGUUGUUGGAAGCUUGAUGUAUGCCAUGGUUUGCACAAGGCCAGAUAUUGCUCAUGCCAUUGGGAUUGUUUGUCGGUUUCUUUCCAAUCCGCGGAAAGAACAUUCGAGAGCAGUGAAGUGGAUUCUUCGCUACUUGAGAGGUACUUCUAGAGUGUGUCUAUGCUUUGGUAAUGACAAGACCAUACUUGAUGGAUAUACCGAUGCUAACAUGGUAGGUGAUGUGGACUCUAGAAAGUCGACUUCUGGAUAUAUGAUGACUUUGCAGGUGCUGCAGUUUCAUGGCAAUCUAAACUGCAAAAAUGUGUUGCAUUAUCAACAAUAGAAGCCGAAUACAUAGUCGUGACAGAAGCUUGCAAAGAGAUGUUAUGGUUGAAGAAGUUUCUUCAAGAGUUGGGCAUUAAGCAAGAGUGGUAUGUGCUCUAUUGUGAUAGUCAAAGUGCAAUUCAUCUUUGCCAGAAUCUAACUUUCCACUUAAGGUCGAAACACAUAGAUGUUCGAUAUCAUUGGAUUCGUGAUGUUUUGGAAGAGAAGUUGUUGGACCUCAACAAAGUGCAUACGGAAGA